AUGAAUUUUUCUGUUGCAAACAAUCAUCUAAGGCAAUAUGAUGACCAAAGUUUUGUUGACUUCACCCCAGGAUCUGUAACAAGGAAAGGAGAUAGCCUUGCCAUGAUCUUCAUCAUUGUUGCUGUUUUUGUCCUCUUGGCUAUUGUCAUCAUUGUAACAGUACAUUAUGGUCCACAACUACGUGCAAUCCAGAUCACUCUGUACCAUGAACCUAUGCCACAGGACUUGGAUAAUGGGAUCCAAUUAAUAUACUGGAGGAAACAAGGUUUGCACAGAAAAUGCAGCUUGCAAUCUGCUCUGACACUGGAAAAUGACCACGCUUCUGGCCUGAACACUCAGUGUGGAAGAGAAGAGCCAAAUAUUAUAGAGAUCACUUACCUGUGA